GAAUCACCUGCUGUUUGUGGUAAAAGCCACUAGCUGUGAAAACUACUCGGACCAGUCGCGCUUUACGAUGAAGGGAGAACUUCAGUUCAUUAUCAUUUGCCUCAGAAACACGCCCCACUACACGGCUAGGUGGUUCAGUCAUGUGACUGCAAACAUAUGACACGGGAUGAACGACCCCAUGAUAUGGUUUUCCGGAUUGACGUGGUCACAAGCCAAUCAACUUAUCAAACUUUCAGAAAAGUGACCAAUCGGAGAAGAGGAGGUGGAAGUAAGCGCAAAAUUGCUGGGCAAGAAACAGGAACACUAAAUAUUUCAAGAAGAUAGGGAGUUUUUUCAUUGUUUAUUAUCGCUCUCGCUUUCAUUUUUAUUAUGGCUAUUGGCCAUUUCUAAUGCUUGUUAUGGUAGUAGUUAAUAGGGUUAUGGUUUCUGGUUUGGGGGGAAUUCAGGAGUACAACUAAUCGAAAGUGGGAUCGAGGUCCGAGGAUCGGGGAAACAAGCUUUGCGUCGGGUCAAAAUGUCGAAUGAGUCCGAUAGUUUCAGGGUGGACUCAUUCCCUAAAGACUUUGGGUAUGGAGUGGAGGAGACCGAUAUCGAGGAGGGUUCGACAUCUUCCGACAGCAAACCAAGGAUACUGUUGAUGGGAUUACGACGAAGCGGCAAAUCGUCAAUACAGAAGGUGGUGUUCCACAAGAUGUCCCCCAAUGAGACGCUCUUCUUGGAGAGCACCAACAAGAUCUACAAGGACGAUGUCUCCAGCACCUCCUUCGUCAACUUCCAGAUCUGGGACUUUCCUGGUCAGGUGGACUUCUUUGACCCUGCCUUCGACUAUGAGAUGAUCUUCAGAGGGACCGGUGCUUUGAUCUUUGUUAUCGAUGCCCAGGACGAUUACGUGGAGGCGCUGGGAAGACUCCACCUCACAGUGUCCAGAGCCUACCGGGUCAAUCCUGAGAUUAACUUUGAGGUCUUCAUCCACAAAGUGGACGGCUUGUCUGACGACCACAAGAUCGAGACCCAGAGAGACAUCCACCAGAGGGCCAACGAUGACCUAGCGGAUGCCAGCCUGGACAAGCUGCACCUCAGCCUGUACCUGACGAGCAUCUACGACCAUUCGAUAUUUGAGGCUUUCAGUAAAGUCGUCCAGAAGCUCCUCCCUCAGCUCCCAACUCUGGAAAACCUCCUGAACAUCUUCAUAUCUAAUUCGGGGAUAGAGAAGGCCUUCCUGUUCGACGUGGUGAGCAAGAUCUACAUCGCCACUGACAGCCUGCCGGUGGACAUGCAGUCCUACGAGCUGUGCUGUGACAUGAUCGACGUGGUCAUCGACGUGUCCUGCAUCUACGGCUUGAGGGAAGAUGGCAGCGGCAGUGCCUACGAUAAGGAAUCGCUGGCCAUCAUCAAACUCAACAACACCACGGUGCUCUACCUGAAGGAGGUGACCAAGUUCCUGGCCCUGGUGUGCAUCCUCCGAGAGGAGAGCUUCGAGCGGAAGGGUCUUAUAGACUACAACUUCCACUGCUUUCGCAAGGCCAUACAGGAGGUGUUUGAGGUGGGGAUGUCCGCCCAGAGGACGGGCCUGCCGCAGCUCGGGACCCCCAGCCCCAAGGCCAUCGCCCAGAACGGGGCCCCGAGGAGCGCCAUGUAGCCGCGGAAACCGGAGAUCGAGCGAGCGAGAGAGAGAGAGAGAGAGAGAGAAGGGGGCUGUACCCUCGGUCCCUUUUGCAUGCGACGAAAAAAGAAGCCAUAGGCACUGUCUGUGAGCGGGACGGGGGGACCUGGGGGAAGCAGCCUGCCCUGUCCCGGGACCUGUGUGGGACACAGACGGGAAAACCUGGAGCAAAAAAAAAAAAAAAAAAAGAAUCAUUUUACAAAUCACUAAAUACAAGUAAAAGGGACCCCGUCAGCCAGUAGGGGGAGCUACAGCACUGUAAAGAACAGCCCCCACCGUCCCCCUCCCCCUCCGCCUCCACCUCCCUCUCCCCCCCCCUUCCCAAAUCUCCUCAGGAUCCACCCUGUUUGUUUGCAUAUUGCCGGGGGUGGGAUCCCUGCACACUGAUUUUAAACCCAUUCUUGAGUUGGUUAGCCAGAAAAGUUGUGAAAUGCUUUGCAUUAAUGUAAAACCACUCCCUAUAUCUCACUGGGAGGGGAGGGGGGGGGGGUGUACCUUCAACUUGGGUGGGGGUGGGGGUGGGGUGGGGGGGGAGAUCGGUUUGCUUAGUCCUGGCAGGACUGUGGGUUUUUUUGUAGAUUUAUCCUUUUUUCCACUCCUACCCCCCUCAUAUUGGGGAUAUUGAAAGAUGUACACAACAGACACCCCCCCCCCCAUCUGUACAUACAGUCUACCGUCGUUUACCGUUCUCUGACACACCUAGGCACGUGUACCCCAAAGCGCGCGGGUAGGCGGGACAGACCCCCGAGGAAGCACAACUUUGGGAGUAACUGGGUCCAAAGCCGGUCGAUUUUCUGCAUGGUUGAGUGUGCAUGUGGGUUGAAAUGAGUAACGGGGCAUCCUGAUGGGGAUUCGCUGCAGCGUAUCUCUUCGAGGGGCUUGGGUGAUGAGGUGACGCUCGGUCUAAGGGCAUCCCGGUGAACUGUUUACAAAAGUGUGGCACUGUGACUCGACUGAGCGAGGACGACCCCGUUCACGGGUCUUAAUACCUGUGUGUGUGUGUGUGUGCGUGCGUGUGUGUGCGUGCGUGUGUGUGUUUGUGUGUGUGUGUGUGUGUGUGUGUGUGUGUACGGAGGGAGAGCCUCAGUGUGAGGUUGUUGUGUGUGUGUGUGUGUGUGUGUGUGUGUCUGUGUGUACAGGAGGGAGAGUCAGUGUGAGGUUGUGUGUGUGUGUCUGUCUGUGUACGGGAGGGAGAGUCAGUGUGAGGUUGUGUGUGUGUGUGUGUGUGUCUGUCUGUACGGGAGGGAAAGUCAGUGUGAGGUUGUGUGUGUGUGUCUGUCUGUGUACGGGAGGCAAAGUCAGUGUGAGGUUGUGUGUGCGCGUGUGUCUGUGUAUGGGAGGCAAAGUCAGUGUGAGGUUGUGUGUGUGCGUGUGUCUGUGUACGGGAGGGAAAGUCAGUGUGAGGUUGUGUGUGUGCGUGUGUCUGUGUACGGGAGGGAAAGUCAGUGUGAGGUUGUGUGUGUGUGUGUCUGUCUGUGUACAGGAGGGAGUCAGUGUGAGGUUGUGUAUGUGUGUGUGUCUGUCUGUGUACAGGAGGGAGAGUCAGCGUGAGGUUGUGUGUGUGUGUGUGUGCUUGUGUGUGUCCUGAGGAACCUUUUCCUGAAUUUUGUGGAUAGUCUUGUUUCCUUCUUACCUGUCCAUUCAGGGUCUUCUCACCUGUGCUGUUUUUUUUUGGACGAUGAUUAACAUUAACAUUAUUCUUCCGACUAAACCAAUCUAAUAACCUUUUUCGUCUGAGGUAGAGAGAAGCUGUCAUGGCCUGCUAGCGCACAGCUAACGGGCUCAGGGCUGAAGGCGGGGUCGCUGUCCACGCGGUCUUCAGCCCGUCCACAAAACCUCAACAAUUCUGCCUUACCGGUAUCCCGCAGGUCACACGGCGCAAGUCAGCGAAAGGGAAGAUAUCAGUUUCAGCGGAGAUAACCAAACACUGCCUCUUUCACUUAUUUUGUUGGAAAACUGUGCUGAGUUAUUAAAAGUUAUUUUUGCAUUUAAGUGUU